CAAAUUACGUCUCCCAAAAAGGUUUAAGCAUUGCUUCCAUACACCUUAGCUGUUUGACAGCUCCCAUCUGUUUUAGUGCCCAAAUCGUCUGAAUCAUGUUAAAUAUGAAUGUCUGUCAAGUCAAAUUACACUUGAGAUGAGUGCAUUUUUAAUAAAUAAAUAACGUUGUAAUUUGCACUAAAAGAGAUUAAAUACGGGGGUGCAAUUCACUGACGGCAGUAGCGUCAAGCAACAAAAUGGAGACAAUCUGCUUAAUUGCUGCCUGGUGCGCUCACGAGCUCAUGACGUCACACACGCGGUGCAUCUCUGAAGCGCAGGUGUGAUAUCAGACCCAAGUAGGAGCAGAAGUUAUUGAGACACGGACGAGGAUCCUGUUAAAAUUAAUACCAACGCAGCAGAGUACUUUUGAACGUCUACAACGAUUGGAGGGGCAGCCGGUUUUUUACCUGUUUGACCACUGCUAAAGAGAAUAAAAGAAAAAGGAAGUGGAAAAGAAGCAAACUGAGUGGAUUCCAGUUUAUUCUCCAUGUAGACGGGUCAUAAUCCCUUUCAAGUUGGGGAAGCUGCAUAACUGAGUUGGCAACUUGACAGUAAAAAACCGCUUCCAGGAAUUGGAACCCGGAUAGCCAGAGAACACAGCUCUGAUUGACAACCGAAGACCAGGCAAUUAAGAAGUGUGGAAAGGCACCAAGCUCGGACCUGGGGAGAAGUCAGGAGCUUGAUUACUGGCGCGUAGAAAGAAAGUACAAGGAAAAUUUAAAGCAAAGAAAGUGCACUUACCUUGUUAUCCGCGAACGACCUGCAGAGAUGGUAAAGACCGCUGACGAGCUGAAAAAGGACCGGACUGUGGCAAAGAGACCAUUUUCCCGCAUGGCUAACAUCCUGCUGAAGACCUAUGAUAACAAAUCAGUAUUAGAACUAGAAGAUGGAUUCGGUAAUCUCACACAAGCAGCAGAAAGAGUCUGGGAAGCCAAUGAUGAUUUAGAAGCUAGACUUCUCGAGGAUAAAGAGUCUGAGGUGGGUGCUGAAGAAGCAGAGUUGUCUGAUCAGCAAAAGGCAGACCUAGUAAAGACGGCUGGUGAUUGCGAAGAAACAUUGAAGGAAGUCAGACGUCUUCUCCAAAACGUGCUGUGGGUCCAAAAUGGAGAACACGAUGUGCUCACGGCGCUCCAAGUGGCAGAAGUUGAAAGCAGGCGCACAGGUGCAGUGGACGUCAACAGCAGGCUCGAAGCCUAUGAAUUCAUGCUGGGUCACCUUCAAGAUCUUGCAAAAGCAGCAAAAGUGUCCUUUGAGCGAUGGAAGCGAUGGACACCAGCCAAGCAGAAGCAAGACAUCCAGGGACGGUUGAAGGAUCUCGACCAGAAAAUUCCUUUGCUCGUGUCCAGGAAAAUGGACUUCAUUUGCGAGAAGAUGAAAGAGGAUCAACGACAAGUAACCCCUGUCUUCCAAAAUCUUUCAGCGCCUGUCAUUAGACUGAAGCCAACUUCUCUUCCCAAACCAAAGAGAGAAGCGAGGUCUGAUCCAAGGCACGCAAGAACAAGGGCCACAAAGUCAAAUGAUGUGCCAGCAGGAUGUGUCGUCUGUGGUGAUGGAAAACAUCGGAAGAAGCUGUACUUCUGUAAGCAGUUCUGGGCCCUGACGCCAGCAGAUAAGAACAUGGCGGUCAAGAAGCUAGGGGCAUGUGAGAGAUGUCUCGAACUUCAUGAUGGCCGAGCAUAUUGCAAACCCACUUACCUCUGCAAGCAUCCAGACUGUAAGGACCAGCGCCUUCCUGAACACCAUUAUUAUCUGUGUUCAAAUGCUGCACCAAGAGGCGGAGCCAUGCCGAAGAGGAGUGAGUACCAAAAGGCAGGCAGGAAUGGAUAUACGGCUAAUCAGGAGGACUUUAUCCGAAAGCUCCCCCCAGAACUGGCAAAGCAGUGUUGACAAGCUUUCUCCAAUGCCGUAUCAAAGACAUUAAGCACUGAGAUCACGCCAUCCAGCCUGCUUGGGCAGCAUGGUCUGCAAGAGUUUCCAGUCAUAAUGAUGCUACUCGAAGUGACGGCCAAUGCCGGGCAAAAGAUUGGCACUCUGAUUGACCUAGCAUCAGAUACAAACUAUAUCACCCACAAAGCAGCAGGGAGACUGAACCUCAGGAGUGAGGCGAUCACUCUCGUCGUCCACGGUGUUGGGGGCAUGAAGACCCAUGUGGAGACAAGAAGGUACUUGUUAAAGAUUAGAGUGAAGACCUCAAAAGGAAUCCUGCAGUCCCAUCAAUUAGUCUGCUACGGGCUCAACAAUAUAGCCGAUGUCCACAAGGGUGUAACAGCACAACAACUGCAUAGGCUCUUUCCCGACGUGCCCAUUGAGGAGCUUACAAGACCCAAAGAAAUUGAUCUUCUAAUAAGCCAUAGAGAGGGCAAGCUGGCACCACAGCGAAUCAGAGUCGUUGGAGACCUUGUGCUCUGGGACGGGCCAUUGGGGAAGACCAUUGGGGGCACCCAUCCGGACCUGUUUGAAGAUGUCGUCAUGUCAGCCCACACAUCAAGCACUCAUUUCGCUAGGUCAAUGAGGACAGCCGCCACAAAGUAUGAGGAGUUCCUGGCCAGGCCCCCCAGGCAACAACCACCAAUCGGUCAGCUCCACCAUGGCAUCCAGGUGACCACGACUUUAACCACCUGCCACGACUUCCUGGAAUGGUGGAGGUGGGACAGUGUUGGCGCUGCUUGCGAACCCAGGUGUGGAGGCUGCCGGUGUGGAAAUUGUCAACCAGGAGGCAAAGACAUGACCCUUGCUGAGGAGCGGGAACUGGAAGUAGU